CAAGCGCUUUGUUUGCUUGAGUAAUCGCUUCCGGAUUUGUAAAAAUCAUAUGAGAUAAACAAAUUUAUUUGAUUUUUGCUAACUUAUUCAGUAUAGUCGUCUGUAUUUACUGCUAGAUUAGUCUAGACAUUAUAUACUAUAGCUCUGACACAAAUUUCACAAUGUCUUUCUUCUCAAAGAAACCUACUGUUGAACAACAAUUAAAGUCCAAUGACAGAGUAUUGCGAAAAACCCAGAGGGAUUUGGAGAGGGAUAGGAACAAAAUGGAGAGAGAAGAAAAGAAGCUGGAAAUGGAUAUAAAGAAAGCAGCUAAACAAGGAAAUAAACAGGCAUGUACAGUACUAGCCAAACAGUUAGUGGCCUUGAGAAAACAGAAAACAAGAAGUUACAAUACAGGGUCUAAAAUAUCAGCUGUUGGAAAUCAACAGAAGAUAAUGCACUCCAAUAUGAAAAUGGCAGGAGCUAUGGGGACAACUACUAAGACUAUGCAACAGAUGAACAAAGUAAUGGACCCACAGAAAACAGCCAAGAUGAUGCAGGAAUUUGAAAAAGAAUCUACAAAAAUGGAAAUGUCAGAAGAAAUGAUAAAUGACACACUGGAUGAUAUUUUGACUGAAUCUGGAGAUGAGGAGGAGCAAGAUGCAAUUGUCACCCAGGUGUUAGAUGAGAUAGGCAUAGAUAUCACUGGAAAGAUGUUGGAUGCCCCAUCAGCUCAUGGAGGGAAACUGGGCGAGUCCUCAAAAGCACGGGCAGCAGAUGAUGAAAUUGAGAAACAGUUAGCAGCAUUAAAAGACUUAUAGUGAUUGUAGACUGUGACUAGAAUAUUGUUUUAAAUUCUGAGCAAAUGUGAUCCAGUCUAGACUGUGUCUUGAAGAAAGCUGAAAAUACCAAGUUGCUUAGAAGCAGUCUGGACUGUGUAUAAAACAGAGAAAGAGUUUGAGAAAGUAUGACUAUUUGGUCUAGUAAAUUAAGCAUGUCACUCAGGUUUACUCUUUAAUAAGCCUUUAUUUUUCUCAGCUUUUAAUUAUAAGCCAUAAGAAAAUAUAUUUAUAUUUAAAUGAAACAGAAGAAAAGCAUUGAUAUCGCUGAGAUUUUUAGGCUAUAAUUGGCCCUUUAUGGCUGAAGAGAUACGAAGAGUUUUUUUUCAAGAAUGUCUGAAUUAUAAACUUUUUUUUCCAGAAACUUAAGCUAAAAAGUGAAAUGAGAAAAACAUGUUUAUCUAUUGUUUCAUGCAACAUGCUCUGAAGUUAUUUUUUUUAAGGAAAACACGAUAUCUUUCCAUUACCCACAAAAAUUUGAUCAGAGAAUACUAAAGCACAGCAUAUUGUUGUGAAAGUUGCUGGUAACUUCUUGUUUAUAUUCAUAAUUAUGUUAUUGUAUACAUGUAUGUUAUUAUUUUCUUUUAAUACUGUAAAUAUAAGUGUGUGUUAAAUGUAAGUGCAUUCUGUCGAAAAAAAAAUCUCCUGUAACAUUAUCGUUUCAAAGCAAAAAAGUUCAACAGAAAUAGAAAAUGACUGAAAGUGAGAGAUGUUGCACAUUUCAUUACCUCACAUGAACAGACCAGACUCAGUCAAACCUAGUUUGCUACUAUCAUUGCUUGGUGGUGUUCUAUGCUUCCAAGGCAUCUUUUCACAGAUUUUGUUGCUGAUAUUACCGGUAGUUUCAAGGCAAAAGCUAUUUUGUUCUUCUGUUCUUUGGAUACAUACAUGUACUCACAUAUACUGACAUCUGUGCGAAGAAUUGAAAGAAUUGGUAAAAUUGCAUGUAUGAUUACAUGUAAACAAAAUGUAACCUGUUAUAAUUAAAAAUGCAUGUACACCAAUGGUUAACAUUCUUAUUUUGAAACUCUUGCAUAGGUGAUGGUUUAAAAACUGAUGGAAUUUUGAUCUGUACAUGUGACAUUCUUAAAUAGACAGAAGUUUGAAAUAAGAUUGCACACAAGUUUUGCAGUACAGGUUAACAAUAUUGGAAAAGGUACAUAACUGUACCAGUUUUGUACACUUGAGAACUUUGACAGUGACUUCGAAUCUCUAUCUCCCAUCCUGUUUUAUGUACAAUAUAACCAGGCUGAUGGCUGUUGAAUUAAACAAUGUUUUUAUCAUUUGUAUCGGUAGGUAUUUUUUCUCAAUAAAGAUACAAUGUUAAAAUUAUUUAAGUUCAAACAGCAGAAAAAAAGAUACUGUAGUACAUUUAAAAGGAAAAUAUUUACUGGAAAAUGUAAAUGGGAAAUGGGAAAGUUUUAUUUUUAGCUUUAAUGAAGUCUGUGGGAAGUUGUUAAAAUAGUUUUUCCUGGUUUAAAGGCUUGAUUUUUAGUACUUCUGGUAUUUAAAACCUACAUUGAUUAUCUGAGUUCUUGAGGUUCUCAGGCCAGUAAUUGCUCUAUGAUAUAACCAUUAUAUUAGUAAUUAUUAAAGAAAUUACAGAAUUUUCUAUUUUAAAGAUGUGAAAUGUUAAUAUUAUAUGAUUAUAUUUUAUUGAUUUUUCAUCUUGAAUUGUGCCGUUAAGCAUAUCAGGCUAUUUCAUUGUUAUUUCUGAAUUGUGUAUAUUUAUUAUUAUGUUGAUAUGUAUUUACAAAUGAAAACCUUCCUUCUAUCAA